AUGGCAGAUGAAAACCCGAGCAAGGACAGCCCUCGCAGCCUGAAGAUUGAUCCGGCAGCAAAUCAGGGCAGAGCCAGGGCCUCCGCCAUGCCGGACUCUCCCGCCGGAUCCGGAUUCAGGCUCCGCCGCUCGGCCACGGUCAACGACGCCAGCCGUAGGCACAGCUGGGGUCCCAACACCGAGUUCACCUACGAGCCGCCGACCUCGCCCCUGAGGCGAAGCUCCAACUUUUCCGAGAUUGGCCAGGAAGCGCGCGACAUUCUCAAUCCGGUCCCCGACCCGGAGUGGCAAAAUGCGCCGCCGCAAAACUCCAAAUGGGACUCGCUCCCUCUGGCCCUCGCCUUGCUGCCCCCGUUGGGCGGUGCUCUUGUUCCAGGGGGCAGUGCCUUUGUCACCGAUCUUAUGCUGCUCGCCUUGGGUGCUCUGUUCCUCCACUGGACAGUCACACAGCCUUGGAUUUGGUAUCACUCGGCGCAGCAAGUGCGGGUUGCCGAGGAGCUUGACAACGAUGCCGCCGUAGAGAGCGAUCUGGAUGGUGACGAUACACCGUCGCUCGAGGCGGUCCCUGAGGACGAAUCAGUGCAGCCUGGUCAGACUACCUCGGAGGCGAGAAAUGCCGCUUUGAAGGAGCUGUACCGCCACGAAGUGUUGGCAUUGAUGGCUUGCUUUGUCUUUCCUCUCCUUGGAGCAUGGCUACUCCACGCGAUCCGUGGACAGCUUACCAGGCCCUCCGAGGCCGUGAUUUCAAACUACAACCUCACAGUUUUUGUGCUGGGCGCAGAGAUACGACCUCUGAGGCACAUGAUCAAGCUCAUCCGAGCCCGUACUCUCCACCUUCAGAGGAUUGUUCAGACAAACCCUUACCAGAGAGAGGGGAAGGCAACAGGCGAGGUUGCAGAGCAACUGCAGCAGUUGGCCGAGAGACUCGACGAGAUCGAGUCGCGAGCCGAGGCCGCAGAGACAGCCGCCACACAGGCUGGCCAGAAAGCAGAUCGCGACCAGGAGGAGGAUGCUGCGACAAAGGCCAAGAAGCGAGAGAGUCUGCUCCGAGAGGUCAGGAAUCAAAUGCAGCCAGAGCUGGAUGCCCAAAGCCGAGCCAUGCGAGUCUACGAAAGGAGGCUGAAUGUGCUGGCGACGCAUUCCCAGAGCCAGUUCAAAUCGAUCAACCAGCGCCUGAAUGACGCCGUCACCCUGGCAGCGGCGGCUGCCCGCAACCGAUCCUCGGCUUUGAGCUUCUUCUCGUGGGCUGCCAACUCGCUCGUCUCCAUUGCGAUGGUGCCGAUCCACCUCGUCGUCUACAUCCUCACUUGGCCGUACAUGACGCUUACAACAUACAUGGGCGGUGACAAGCAAGCCCCUCCCGAUAAGAGCCGCAGAGGCGCGCGGGCCCAUAGGAAUGGCGCUCUGCACUCUAGGUCAGCGGAGCGCGUACAGGUCCGGCCGCAGCGCAGGUAG